CCCCAUCCUGGUGGCCAAUGGAGAUCCCGUUGUUGACGACUGGCACAGAUGAUGAGAUCCUUCGUUGUGUCUUUGAGUUGUCAUCGCAGCGGGUCCAGCUUCGUGGUGUAUCGCGCCGCUGGAUGUCCGUGUGGAGGUCCUUCCCAUCCCACUGGACCGUGAAAUUUGAUCCUCCCAGCGGCCCUGUGACGCUGGAGUUGGAGGUGAAUCAGGCGAUGAGCAAAUUGAUCCUCACCUGUGAGUUGGAGCUGCGCUCCGGUCACAGCGGUCGCAGCGGUCGCAGCACCGUGGCGCGCAUGGAUUGGGUGCCGUCCUACUUUGGCUCCCGCAACGGUCACGUUCUGCACGAGUUGAAAAACGAGGCUGCUGAUGCGACAUGGCGCUUGGCCAGCCGUAUUUUCCAAGGUGCCAGCGCGGCACCCGGCGAAGGGCAACUGCGCUUGCGCUCAGCGGAGAAAUUGGUGCUGUGCGCAGUGGACCACCAGCAGGUGGAAUUGUUCCGAUGCCUCAUCGAUUGCCGAAAGAACAAACAGCUGCAAUCGUUGGAUCCGUUGGAUCCGUUGAGUCCGUUGAAAAAGUGCUGUUGGGAAUGCAGGACAUGUUUGGAAAACCCAGUUGUGUAA